AUGACGCCUCCACUUCAGAGACUCCCGCUUCACAUCGUCGCCGAGAUUCUUGGACAGUUGGAUACAAUCCAAGAGCUCGGUCCGCCAAUUUUCAGUCAUCGGAUCUUCCAUGAUGCCGUCCAAGAUAGUCUUCACGCCAUCUCUCGCCGUAUCCUCACUCGACAGGUCCCGGAUGGUAUACUCUCCUAUUCCCUUAUCCUUCUCGAAACAACGCAAAUCGAUGUGAUGGACCAGAACGCCGUGGAUCCACUCAUAGCGCGUCUCGAGAAGAUUGAUCAAUCGCCAUCUCUUGUUCACUUGUCCUUGGCCGAAUAUGCCUUUAUCAGUCAAAACCAAACUGCUGUGAAAUGGAUGAGUCAGGAUAUGGCUCAUGAGCUCAUCCCGGCUAUCAAUGAAGUAGGGUUUACUCAUCCGGAAACACUGUCUGACAAUGAGAUUUUUCGCAUGUACAGAGCUUUUCUUCGCUACCAGAUUAUGUGCAAUUUGUUCUGCCAUGGUCCCUGUCGUCAGAAGCUUGAAGUUACGGAACAAAUCUCAGAUUUCUGUCGUGCCUCUUCUCAGUGGGUCAACGACCAGUUACUGGCCGUCUACAGCUAUUUGGAGAGGCGAGUCAGCUUCGCAUUUGAUCAUGUUGGUGCACAUAAUGUUGAGUGGGCCGGGGUACCCAUCGAGUGGAACGAGUCCUUUGAGGAUUGUAAUCGUAUUCAGCGACUGCUUUGUCGAGGGCUUCCCUUUCUGUGCGCUCUCGCACAUUCCAAAACGUACCAUGAAAGACUAAACGUGUUGAAACUAAAAAUCGUUCGUUCAAAUGCCAGUGUACCAGACCCUCCUUGCAAUCUCAUCUCAAUACUCCUAUGGUGCCCGAGACAAGCAGGCGACGUGGCAGGAAACACGUGGACUGUGAUACGAAGAGGUCCACCAGUGUCAAGUUACACGGCAAAAGAACUCGAAGAAGAAGCUUACAGGAAGCUGUCGAUUUUUGCAUACACCAUGUGGGACAAUGCUGAUCUUACGGUGGAACAAUUGGGGGAAAUAUGCACGAAUAUCGCUGGGUGCAAGGACUACUUCAAGAGAUACGCCCGCUACUGGGAUGGAAAAGACCUUCGUCUGGCGCAGAAGCGCAAGAAGAAUAUCUACAAUGCCGGGGGUCGGGGAUACUGA